GUGUACCAAUAUUCAUUUCAUAUAAAGAAACAAAUUGUUAACCAUGUGACUUUGUUCUAUAUAUAUCCUUCUUCCUUUCCCUGUAUUUGCUCACAGCAUAACCUCCCUUGUACUGAAAAUCAAAUAAAUCUUCCUCACCCUCUAAACAUAUUAUUCCUACAAUGACAAAAUCAGGUCGCAUAAAUGCUGCUUUCCGUUCAUCUUUCCACAAUGAAAUUUACUUUUUCGUCGAUGAUAAGUACUUCCUGUUCGAAUUAUUUGCGAACGAACGCAACGAACGGAUCUUCUACGAGCUUACUCCUCUUCGCGAUGGUUUCAAAUCACUCAAUCACACCGUAUUUGGAACCUACGGAAUAGAUUGUAGCUUCAACACCGAUAACAACGAGGCAUACAUCUUUUAUGAGAACUUUUGUGCUCUCAUAGACUACGCUCCACACUCCGGCAAAGACAAAAUCAUCUCGGGUCCUAAGAAAAUUUCAGACACGUUUCCUUUUUUGAAAGGAACCGUGUUUGAAAACGGGAUAGAUGCAGCUUACAGAUCGACGAUAGGUAAAGAAGUUUACUUAUUCAAAGGAGACAAGUAUGCUCGUAUAGACUACGGCAAAAACGAGUUUGUUCAAAGUAUUAGGAAAAUUAGUGAAGGAUAUCCUUGUUUCAGUGGAACAAUCCUUGAAAAUGGAGUUGAUGCAGCUUUUGCUUGUCACAUUACCAAUGAAGUUUUUUUCUUCAAAGAUGAAUAUUAUGCACGUGUAGUUGUUACUCCAGGUGCUACUGAUGAUUACAUUAAGAAUGGUGUGAGGAAAACUCUUGACUUUUGGCCUAAUCUUAAUGGCAUAAAAGGUCUUUUGGAUUAAGCAGCUUAUUUGUAGAUGAAAUCACUUUUGAGAAAUAAAUGAAGGUGUGGUUGUGUGAUCUUCAUGCUAGUAUGAUAAUUUAGUUUUUUUUUUUUUAAUGUUUAGAUUGUCAAAUGAUAUUGUUGAUGUUGAUGUUGAUGUGUCACUGUUUGCUUAUGUUUGUUGUCUGUUGAUGUAAUAAAAGUGUGGCUUUUCGUUGCUAUUGAUGUAAGUUGUCAAUGAUUGAGCUGGAUGAAAAUGAUAUGUUAGUAUUGGAAUUAAACCUUUAACAAA